UAUGAAGAUUUUAUUAUUUUGCACGUUGUUCAUUAUAUUUUUUGUUAACACAAGUUCAGUUAAUUUAGAGGAUAUCAAUUUACCUCCUGAACAUAUUCCAUAUUAUUUUAAUACUUUUCCCGACAUUGCUAAAUCAUGUUUGAAUGAUCCUGAAUGUCCAUAUAAAGGACUGGCAGAUGUUAAAGCUUGUUGGGGUUAUGAGCGUUUCUGUAAUGAGACUAAUUCAUAUCACGUCAGACCUCGAUGUCCUGGCGAUCAUCGCGGAUGGGUUAAGACGAAAGAAGCACAAUUUGCUACAUUUUAUACGCAAGCUGAUUUUGGUUUUGUGAAAGACCAAAUAAAUGAGAUAAUGGUGAUGUGUGAAGCUUCAUAUCCAGAUGACACAUCCUUAGAAUGUUCUAAAUACUUGAGAUUCUGUCGAGGCAGGAAUAUGAUGUUAAACUUUACAGGGCUUGUGGGUCGUGGAAACAACUUGAGAUACAAAAUGGAUAUUCUUGGGCCUGGACAACUAGGUGGACAUUGCAACUUUUAUGCACAGAGGCUGUUGAAAGAAGCUGAACACAUGAGUGCUUUACAAUCAUGGGCGCCUGAAAUGAUACACUUUACGAAAACAACUAGAAAGCCUAUUGUUGAUGACAUGUGUGAUGUAAUUAUUGAAAAGCCAACAUAUAUUAUGAAAAUAGAUGCAACUGUGAAUAUGUAUCAUCAUUUUUGUGAUUUCUUCAAUUUGUAUGCAUCUUUACAUGUUAAUUCUACACAUCCCUCGACAUUCUCAAAGGAUAAUCAAAUUUUGAUUUGGGAAACUUUUACUUAUGAAUCUGCAUUUAAGGAUGCCUUCAAAGCAUUUACAAAUAACCCAAUUUGGGAUUUAAAGAGGUUCCGAGGUCAAGUUGUUUGUUUUAAAAAUGUAUUAUUUCCUUUAUUGCCACGAAUGAUUUUUGGUCUUUACUACAAUACACCUUUGAUAUACGGAUGUGAAAGAAGCGGUUUAUUUCAUGCAUUUUCCAAACAUGUAUUGAAUUCAUUGAAUAUAAAACUACAUAUCCGAAAUAAUGACAAAGUGAGAGUAACAUUACUCUCCAGGGGCACAACAUACAGAUCUAUAUUAAAUGAGAAACAGCUUGUGGAAGCUUUGCUUAAAGUGAAGGACUAUCAUGUAGAGCGAGUUGUGUAUGAUAGAACAAUACCCUUUAUCAAACAACUGGAAAUAACUCAAAACACCGAUGUCUUCAUUGGAAUACACGGCGCUGGGUUGACACACUUGCUAUUUUUACCGGACUGGGCGGCAGUUUUCGAACUAUAUAACUGCGAAGAUCCAAAUUGUUACAUGGACCUCGCCCGACUUAGAGGAGUUAAAUACGUUACUUGGGAAAACAAAGAUAAACUUGUGCAGGAGGACCAGGGACACGGGCCUGGCGGAGGGUCGCACGCAAAAUUCACCAAUUACUCCUUCGAUGUGGACGAGUUUCUACGGCUCGUGGCCAUUUGUGCAGAACAUGUGCGCAAACGGCAGGACUUCAAAAAUUUUAUCGAGGCAUCAAUUUUGAAAAAUCACGAUGAACUGUAAACGUAAGUUCUUCUGGAAAAUAAAAUAAGAAUAUCGGAACGUGUAGAUGUUUUGACGAUUGAUAGACACAUAUUAUCAGUCUCUAAAGUGCCACAUUAAACAUAGAAUUCUAUGGAAUCUUAAAUUUAACGAAUAUAACAUAUAUAUUAGAUAUUAAACAAAAUAAUAUAAUUACCAGUGAUUAAGAUUCUGUCGAUGUGUUUUGGAGAAAUGAAAGUGCAAGAAGGCGAUUACCUUCGGUUAUAUUUAGAUAGAUCGGGGUUAACAGAUUAGACGCUGGGAGCAAGCGGUUUACGGAGAUACUUACAUUGACGGAUCGACGAAUCUUCACAUAAUGUAACUGAAAAUAGUAAACUAUCGAGGGGAAUUAAUGACCGAAGUCUGCGUGCCCUCGGGGUCGAUGCUCAUAACUUUUUUGGAUAACCAGAUUGUAUCGAAGAAUAACAUCAACAACUAAUUGAAAUCACUCGAACUGUUUAAUUUUUAAGUUUACUGUACUAUAUUCAUUGGUACUUAUUGUAUUUAUUAAAACUUUUUACGUACAAAUCAUGUGAUCAUGUGAUAUUCUAUUUUUACGUUUCAUGUGUUUAUUUUGU